AAUUCUGACAGUAUCCUCUGCGCAGUGCACUCGCAGUGUCGUGAGAAAUAGGGAGAAACAGUAUAUAUUUGUUUAGAGGACAUUAAGUGAAUAUUGAAUAAGAUUGAAAAAAAAAACGAGAUUUAGCAGGAAUGAUCAUUUAUUUUGAUAUGCCGAUCUAAGUCAUAUCAAUGAGAGGGUAUAUUAAAAGACAGCCUGCAGUUAAAAUGGAACGGCAGAGGAACGGCACAGGAGAAGCACACGCCAGAGGUCGUGGCGCUCUUCCCCGAGUCGCAGCGUUGAUGACAGUGAUGGCGACCUUGAUGGUGUUGGGGUUCGUUUCCAGCUUCCUCUCUCCAAACGCUGAACCAGACGCGGUCGAGGGUAGUGGGCUGGAGAUGCCUCAUGUCACUCAGGUCAACGGUGGAGGGCUGGAGAUGCCUCAUGUCACUCGGGUCAGCGGUGGGGGGCUGGAGAUGCCUCAUGUCGCUCAGAGAAAAGCUACUCAGCAGAGGGCGUUUGGCUCGGCAUCCUGGCCACGCCAAUCGCCUAAUGCCCAACCGAAGAUAGUCGUCACUCGAUCAGCUAAAGUUCGAACAAGAGUAUUAAACGUCGUAUCGGAAGCUUUGGAUGACAUUUUUCUCAACCGUUCUUCACAAGUCCAGCCCCAUAACAGCAUCGGGCUCCAUGAAAAACGAAUCAAAAAUUCAUCGCGCAAAUCCUACGAACAAGGACUCUCUAGAAGAAAAAGAGACUCAGAAAAAUACAAAUCUGAGUCUCAGAAUCAAGCACAGCUCUCAGAUAAUGUGCAUAAACCGAUUCUUGUUCUUGAACUUUGCUCCAGUAUAUUCAAAAGAAUCUAUGAUGGAGAAUUACCUCCGAAACCUGCCAUUUAUUAUUUUAGCAAACACACUAAAAAGUUUAUGAAAAUUUUCCUCCAAGCACGUUUUGUGGACAUCUGCCUCCCACUCUACCGGGGUAUAGACGUAUGUAAAGAGAUGAAGCACUUGACAAUAUGCAGCGAUUUGGUCGUGUUCCUUCACACCCAUGACUGCCAGAGGCCUUCAGAAGAUGACAAGUACUUCGAAGUCCUCUUGACGAGAACUAUUUUCAAGGAAGAUUACAACUGUUUCCAGCUUAUAUGCGACGGAAUGUUCAGGAUUGUCGUGCGAAAUGUGAGUGGAAUCACCGUCGAGGUUUGGGUGCACGACCAUGAAAAUGAUCAGUGCAGUGAAUAUUACACUGAUGACGAGGUCACUGAUUUCUUGGCUGACAAGGAGCGGGAGGUGAUCAUUUGGACGGUAAACACCUUUUUUCCUUGCUGCUACUCAGUGCACGCCGCUGUGUGGUUGGGUGACCCUGCCGAUCGAGGGAUAAACAAGUUCUGGGAUUAUCUUCCGUUUUCUUGCCGUGUUGCCGAAAUUGCUUUGGUGUGUCUUGUUGCAUUCGUGGGAUUAAGCGGAGCUCUUGGAAACCUGCUGGUUGUGGUUGUGAUGUUCACUGGCGACGAUGAAGGGGAAUCCUGUAUCCUACGCACGUCCUUAGCCUUUGCUGAUCUUUUUACAAGUGUGUUCGUCAUUCUUCCAUCCCUUUUUGACCAUUUAUCUCCAAUUUUGGAGAUUUAUGAUCUAAAAGAAAAUUAUCAAGUUAUUGAAUACGUUGGAAAAAAUAGUCGAAUUCAGUUCGUUAACUUUGCUGAUGUCUAUGAGACUAAAAAUAGUUUUCGAGUAUUCCAAGGUCUGGUUCUAGGAGUGUGUUCCUUUGUGUCUCUUUUCACCCUCUUUAUGCUCAGUUUUGAAAGACUUAUUUUAACGGGAAGAGCCUUUCGAUACCACCACUAUUUCUCGGUUCCUCGGAUCAAGAUAGUUAUCAUGAUAACCUGGAUUACUGCACUCCUAAACACACUGACCUUCAUGUAUGACGACGAUGGCGGCUUUACUGUUACGUGGUCUAAUAUCAUCAAACUGCCUGUGUCGUUAUCGCUCAGUUUCAGUAAUGCAGUUGUUGUAAACUUGAUAUUCUUAAUCCAAGUUGGUCUACUGGUCUUUCUUUGUCUUGGCAUCCUAUUUUUUUCCAUUGCUUCCAUUGCGAAAUUUGCGCAAGAACAAACGAAGGUCGCAGCAGGCUGGAGAAAUCGAAACAUGCGAGUCUCGGGUCCAUUCAAACAAGAAAACCGUUACAUAUUGAGCACUAUGGUAAUGAUGACGCUGCUAUUUAUGAUUUCCACAGUCCCAAAAGCUACCAAAAUGAUUAUCGAUCAUACUAACUACAAAAUGGCUAAUGUCUUUCUAUUGGAAUAUCUGAGCUGGUGGAUGUUUGUGUCGGGAAGUGCCUGGAAUCCUUGGAUCUACAACAUGAGAAGCCAACAGUUCAAGAAGAACGCGUUGAGGGUCCUCCAGGGUAUGAUCCCACGAAGGCUGAAGGAAAGGCUACGGCGUCCUGAGGCUGCAGACCGAAGGAGAGAGAGAGAGAGGGCGCAGGAAAAGAUGCUAAGGAGGUUGGGUUUGGUUGAUGAUCAAAGUUGAUGUGUAAAUUCGAUGUGCUGUUUCCACUAAUAUUUUAGUAAAAGAUGA